UCCUCAGCUAAAAGACAUGAAGAAGAGGUUCAACAUCAACCUGGACGACACUGCUUUCGUUAAAGAAAGAACACCGGUCGGUAUUAUGUUUGAAUUCUAACUGUUUACGUCGGCUAGCUAGCUUUCCAGCUGGCAACUGCUACUAUAAAUUCACAAUUGUAAAUGUCUCAACGUUACCAACUUUGCAACACAAGGGUUUGGUCUGAAUAUGCUUUUCAAAAACGCCAGUGUUUGUUUUACAUGAUGCAUUUCAUAAAUAUCGACUCUCUACAGCCAAAGCCGCAGUUUCAGCCUUCAUCCAAAGGAGGACAAAACACCUCAGGCUCUCCUUCAUCUUCAGCUGCUUCUGAGCCCGUGAAGCAGCCCUUUUCCUAUGCAGAAUACAUCGUCCAGAGUAAAAGCAAUGUGGCUGCUCCUCCUCCUCAGAGAGAGGGCUCCUCCAAACUGCUCAAGACCGAUCAGAAGCAAAGUGAGUCAGACUCAGUGUCCUGUGAAACACUUGAGGACCGUGCUGAAGAGGGUGAAGGUGGAUCUGAAGGGGCUAAGGAGAGCGAGGACCCACAGGUGGCUGACAUACACCAGAAAGAGGGGAGCUGUCAAAGGUUUGAUCCGAGCCCCAGCCUGGGCCCAAAACCAGUGGGUUCUGGGAGCAGCAUUAUUGUCAGUCCUCGACAGAGGGGAAAUCCCAUCCUGAAGUUUGUGAGGAGUGUCCCGUGGGAGUUUGGAGAUGUUGUACCUGACUAUGUUUUGGGUCAGACAACUUGCGCCCUCUUCCUCAGUCUGAGGUAUCACAAUCUCAAUCCAAACUAUAUCCACGACCGUCUGAAGCUGCUUGGACAGACUUUUACCCUGCGAGUGUUACUGGUACAAGUAGACGUGAAAGAUCCUCAUCAUACGUUGAAGGAGCUGGCUCGCGUCUGCAUCAUGGCUGACUGCACUCUCAUCUUGGCUUGGAGUCCAGAGGAGGCAGGGCGUUACCUGGAAACGUAUAAGUCGUACGAAAAUAAGCCCGCAGACUUACUGAAGGAGCAAGUUGAGAAAAACUACCUGUCAAAAGUUACUGAUUGCCUGACCACUGUGAAGUCUGUGAACAAGACCGACGCCAUUACCUUGCUGUCCACUUUCUCAUCGGUAGAAGGAAUCAUCAGUGCCUCUAAGGAAGACUUGGUUCUCUGUCCAGGCCUCGGACCACAAAAGGCACGGCGACUCUACGAUGUGCUCCAUAAGCCCUUCCUCGAGUCGAAGACAAAAGUCAGCUGAAAGUUCUUACCAAGGAUGUGUGACAGCCUCCUGAAAAGAACAAUAGAUUUGAACAGCAUGCGAAGACACAGCACAUACACACUCUUCAGAGGGCUGAAUUAAAUACUGUAAACACUCUGUAUUUACUACGGUGAUGAAAGAAAUGUGACUUCUCUGAGACUGAGAAUUUUAAGAUGUGAACUCUUUAGCUGUUAGAGUUGUACGCUGAUUCUAUGUUGUAUUGAGUUAAGAUUGUAUCUCAUUUGUUCACUGCUAAAUUCAUUUUUUUAUGAAAAUAAAUAUUUUGGA